AUGAAGCCCACUUCAAUUGCUGAUGCUCUCUUCCUGGAGCCUCCCCAUUCACACGACCCCAGCAACGUCUCUCAUGUUGCGGCACUGCCAGCCUCAAUGCUGAUGCAACUGCCGGAGGCCGUCCAAGACGCUCUCUGGACUCUACAAGAAUCAACCUCUAUUGUCUACGCCUCGUACCUCAGAUUACAAGAACUCCUGGACGAGCGGUUCGACCGAUUGAUUCCUCUGCCAGGCAUGCCUGGGUCGUUUUCUGAGGGUGCAUUUUUCAACUACAUGAACGCGCUGUCUGCCGAACGGCGCUACCUGGUGGAAGACGCACACCCAGACUGGAGGCACAAGGCGUCGCGAGCCGGGCUGUCGCAAUACGGAGACCUGCUACUCACCUGCCGGGGCAAGGAGAUGACCGUGUCGGAAUGGUUCGACCAGCUGCAAAGGGCCGAGCAGCUCUGGGUGCAGCAGGCUAAAGACGCAGAGCUGCCCGACUUUGAAAGCACCGUGACCGAGUACCAGAUCUUGACGGAUUCGGAGAGCUCGACGCCGCCCAGCGAGGUGUCAGAGGACGAUUCUCCCGAGGGAGGCAGGAGCUGGGAUGCGCCGGUGCCAGCGGGGCGAAGACCAAUGGCGGACUCCAAGAGCAAGAUGGGAGGACACGAAAUAGGACCGGAGCGGAUCGCGAAGGCUCUAGAAGCGCUGUGA